AUUGGAGCCGUCGUGAAGUGGGACUUUUCACAAACACCUGGUGUAUGCCACCAGACUCGAAUUCGAUGCUCCCGUUACCGCAGCUGAAGGAAAUGGGGAUUGGAAGAGGAAGAUUUCCACCAUGGGAACAUUUAACCCAGCAUCACACCAAGAACCUGAAAGAAGUUUGAUUUAUCAGAACCUGAAUACAAUAGGUUUUUCAACAUUUCUGAGAAAAACUUUCCAUUCCCUGUGAAGAGAAAUAGGGCAUGUCAUCGGGUGUGUAGACAAGUCUUUGGCUGAUCGUGUGGUCAGUUAGAACUGGUGGACUUGCAGUUGGGCAACUGAAACCAAACAUCAUGUCAGUAGCUGACAUAAAAUUAUUGUAACCAGAAAUCAUAAGAUUUUUGAAUAUGGAAGAUAAAAGCUCUGUUCACAGAGCGGAGGAACCGUACGCAUGUACCCGUGGACAAGGUUUCACCAGAUCAUCCAACCUAUCGCGACACAAACACAGUGGCGAUGAGAAUACAUUGAAAUGUGGGGAAUGUGCCAAAGGAGUCAGAGCCCCAUCUGAGCUGGAAAUUCAUCAACAUAGUCAGACAGGAGAAAAACUGUUCAGCUGCUCAGUGUGUGGGAAGGGGUUUACUCAAUCAUCUGACUUGCUGAAACACCAGCGAGUUCAUACUGGGGAGAGACCAUUCAUCUGCUCCAAAUGUGGAAAGCGAUUCACUGAUUCAUCCAAUUUGCUGAAACAUCAGCGAGUUCACAGUGAUGAGAGACCUUUUAAAUGCCCGGAGUGCAUGAAGUGCUAUAAAAGUUCCCGCGAACUGAUGUCCCAUCAGCGUGUUCACACUGACGAGAAACCGUUCAAGUGCUGUCACUGUGGGACUGGCUUCAGAUGGUCAUCUCACCUCAUUGUACAUCAGCGCGUUCACACUCAGGAGAGGCCAUUUACCUGUUCUGAAUGUGGGAAGGGAUUCACUCAGUCGUCGAACCUACUGACACACCAGCAAGUUCACACUGGAGAGAGACCAUUCACCUGCUCUGAGUGUGGGAAGGGAUUCACUCACUCAACUGCUCUGCUGAGACACCGCCAAAACCGAACAUCACACUGUGAUCUGACAGAAUUGCCUCCAUCACCUGAAUAUUAUCAUGUUUUGAACAUGGAAGGAAAAGGCAGUGUUCCCAGCGGAGAGAAACAGUACAUGUGUUCUGUAUGUGGACAAGGAUUUGCCUGGUCACUUGACUUGUCAGAACAUAAAUGCAGUCCGAAUGGGGAGAAACCAUGGAAAUGUUGGGACUGUGGGAAGGGAUUCAGAUCCCCUUCUGACCUGGAAAGGCAUCAGCGCAGUCACACUGGAGAGAAGCCAUUCACAUGCUCAGAGUGUGGAAAAGGAUUCUCUCAGUCAUCCCAUUUGCUGACACAUCGAAGAGUUCACACCGGAGAAAAGCCAUUUACCUGCUCAGAAUGUGGGAAGGCAUUCAGUCAGUUAUCACACCUGCAGACACACCAGCGAAUUCAUAUUGAUGAGAGACCUUUCAAAUGCCUAGACUGUGGGACGUGCUGUAAAAGUUCCAGGGAACUGAUGUCCCAUCAACAUGUUCACAUUGAGGAGAAACUAUUCAGGUGUUCUCACUGUGGAAAAAGGUUCAAAACGUUUUCUCAUCUCACUGUACACCAACACAGUCACGCAGGAGAGAGACCAUGGACAUGUGGGGACUGUGGGAAGGGAUUUGAUUAUCCAUCUGAUCUGGAAACUCAUCAACGCAGCCACACUGGGGAGAGACCGUUUGUCUGUCCAGAGUGUGGUAAGAGAUUCACAGAGUCAUCCACUUUGCUCAGACACCAGAGAAUUCAUACUGGAGAGAGGCUGUUCACCUGCUCCGAGUGUGGGAAGGGAUUCAUUCAGUCAUCUGACCUGCUGAGACACCAGCAAGUUCACACUGGAGAGAAACCUUUCGCUUGCUGUGUGUGUGGGAAUGCAUUCACUCGCUCAUCUACACUGCUGACACACCUGCGCAGUCAUGCUGGGGAGAGGCCAUUCACUUGUUCCCAGUGUGGGAAAGGAUUUGCUCGGUCUUAUACCCUGCUGACACACCAACGCGUUCACACUGGGGAGAGGCCAUUCACUUGUUCCCAGUGUGGGAAGGGAUUCACUCGGUCAUUCAUCCUGCAGAGACACCAGCAAGUUCACAAGUAACUGCAGUGAUUAUAUUUUAUUGAGAAUUGCAUUCAGAACUGAACCUUGUUCAUUUGGUCCUGUUUCUGUUGAUGUUAAUAACCUCCAGACCAUUUAAAAAGACGUUAGUAUCUUCAAUAAGCAUGGACACAAAAAGGAACAAAAGUCUGCCUGUCAGUUCAUCCAUAUGAACAAGGAAGAAGAGUAUGCCAUUUGAGCCUGCUCCACCAUUGAAUAAGAUCAUGUCUGAUCUGAUUUUACCUUCCCCUCUAAAGUCCUGUAUGUCCAAAGUCAGCUUUGAAACUAUGUCAGAAUUGUUAGCAUUUUACAUGAACCGUUUUUUGUGUGAAACGCAAUAUUUUGGGUCUUGUUACUAUCUCUACCACAAAUUUGUUCUUUUUGAAGUACUCUUCACAUUCAACAGCCUUUUUUCCAUUCUCACCUCCAAGUGCAAUGGCUCAUAGAGUAUCUUUACUAAAAUUGAGACAAUCUGACCAGCUGCCUUGGCUGCUUCCCUCCCGUUAAUCCACCAGCUAGACUGCCUUUCAAGUGCGCCCCCCAAUCUGAGGCCUGACCCCAUAUCUUUCUCUUAAUUUUAUUUCUCUCCGUUCAUACCCUGUGCUCAUUAUCCAUGACAGCCACCACCUCACUCAAGUCUACUCCCACUAAACUGCUGAUCUAUCAGCUUGCCCAUGUUUGUUGAUAUUAUUAAUGGUGCCGUCUAACAACAAAAGAAGUAGAAUCAAGUUGGCCAUUCAGCACCUCAGUGGUUCUGCCAUUGAAUUAAUUCACAGCUGAUCUGAUUGUGGCUUGAACUCCACUUUUCCCUCAUUACAGAGACUCCUUCAUAGAUUGAAAGCUGUCAAACUCAGCCUUGAACAUAUUCAAUGUCCCAGCUUGCAGUGAUCACUCAUAAGAUUCUGAGCACUAGCGAAUCUCUGAAUGAAGAAAUUCCUCACUUUCUCCACAUGACUUUCUCUUGUGAAUGGGCAAAUGUUGUUCGUAUGGACACUCCUGUGAUUGGACAAGAGGUGCAUCAUUGUGGAGUGCAAUAUCCAUGCGCAGUUUUGAUUAACAGCCUCGGGAGCCAGUGGGAAGUUCCCAGCAUAAGAAUACUUUUGUCAAGGAGGUUUGGAUAGAGUGGAAAAGAACGAGGGCAAAGAAACAAGGAAGUUGGAAACUAACUGAAAGGUAUGAGGAAGGAAUCUCGCUCUGCUGUUUGGUUAUAACAUGGCACAUGUAAAGCUUUCAUUGUUCUGUCAGUCACUGUUCAAACAUUACUUUGCUAUCUAGAUACAACAAUGUAAGUGUAGAGCUCCCAUUAUCUGGAAACCCUUUGAACUUUACCUUUACUAUACAAGUUCAUCCUGUAUUUCUCUUAAUGCUCCUCCAUGACUGAAGAUAGUCACAUCUGAUUCCAUUCUAAGUCAGUGAUUUAAUUCCCACAUCUGAUUAAUUCACACUGGGGGAGGAUUCAUUAUGAUUCCAAUUUCACUGCACAUCAAAUUAUUCAUUUUGCAGACUGUUUGACUGUUCUCACUGUAUGAAGAGCUUUAAAAUCGUUAAA